GUUGUAUUCCCGUUUGUGAUCUCGUUCGAUAAGAAACGGCGAGAAUUCCUUAGUCCAUUGAUACCGUUGAUGUAAAGGGUUAUUUUCACUAAAACUACACUGUACGAGGUAUAUCUGUACAGGUCAAUUUGUUGAUUAAGAGUCAAGGUAUGUUCGUAUCAAAGAUUAUUACAGAUGAAGUGUGUGCACUGACAGCAUUACCUAAUAAAGAGUAGAGAAGUUUUAGUGAUAUAUCAAAGUGAGCAGAAGUUAAAACAGCUGUUCACUGGUUUUCUUGUGAUAAAAAAGAAAAAUGGCGGGCCCCUCCAAGGGAAACCCUCAUGGACUUAAACAAAUAGGACUUGAUCAGAUCUGGGAUGAUCUCAAAGCUGGAAUUGAACAUGUAUACGAAAGACAGAGCAUGGCUCGUACCAGAUACAUGGAGCUUUAUACCCAUGUGUAUAACUACUGUACCAGUGUCCACCAGGCCUCUGGGAGCAGGGCAUCCACCAAGUCCAAGAAAGGCCAGUCUGUGGGCGGAGCACAGUUUGUAGGACUAGAACUGUACAAGAGACUUAGGGAAUUCUUAAAGAAUUAUUUAGUCAAUUUGUUGAAGGAUGGUGAAGGCCUUAUGGAUGAAGGAGUACUUCAGUUCUAUACUAAACAGUGGGAGGAAUAUCAGUUCUCAAGUAAGGUUCUUGAUGGUAUUUGCGCCUACCUCAAUCGACACUGGGUCAGGAGGGAAAUAGAUGAAGGCAGGAAAGGAAUUUAUGACAUAUAUUCUCUGGCUUUGGUGACAUGGAGAGAGCAUCUUUUCAAGGUUCUGAACAAACAAGUAACUAAUGCCGUCCUGAAACUCAUUGAGCGCGAGCGCCAUGGGGAAACCAUUAACACAAGGCUAGUCAGUGGUGUCAUCAACUGUUAUGUUGCCCUCGGCCUUAAUGAAGAAGAUCCCACAGCCAAGGGCCCCACGUUAUCAGUGUAUAAGGAGAACUUUGAGACCCCCUUCCUGGACGAUACGGAGCGAUUUUAUACUAGAGAAAGCACAGAGUUCUUACGGCAAAACCCAGUCACAGAGUAUAUGAAAAAGGCCGAGUCCAGACUCCAAGAGGAGACAAAACGUGUGCAGGUGUACUUGCACGAGAGCACGCAGGACGUCCUGGCACGUGUGUGCGAGAAGGUGCUGAUAGAGAAACACCUGGAAAUAUUUCAUUCUGAGUUCCAGAAUCUGCUGGACUCUGACAAAAAUGAUGAUCUGGGCAGAAUGUACCAGCUGGUGUCUAGGAUAACGGACGGCUUGGGAGAACUGAAGGGACUGCUGGAGACACAUAUACACAACCAAGGCCUAGCAGCCAUAGAGAGGUGUGGGGAUUCUGCCUUAAAUGAGCCUAAGGUUUACGUACAGACUAUCCUUGAUGUACACAAGAAGUACAAUGCCUUGGUGAUGACAGCUUUUAACAAUGACGCAGGCUUUGUUGCUGCCUUAGAUAAGGCAUGUGGCAAGUUUAUCAACAAUAAUGCUGUGACAAAGAUGGCCAAUUCCUCCAGUAAGUCCCCCGAACUGCUGGCCAAGUACUGCGACUUACUCUUAAAGAAAAGCUCAAAGAAUCCAGAAGAAGCAGAGUUGGAGGACACAUUAAAUCAAGUGAUGAUCGUGUUCAAGUACAUAGAGGACAAGGACGUGUUCCAGAAGUUCUACAGCAAGAUGCUGGCCAAGAGACUGGUCCAUCACAUGUCAGCCAGCGACGAUGCGGAGGCCAGCAUGAUCUCAAAACUGAAGCAAGCCUGUGGUUUUGAAUACACCUCCAAACUCCAGCGCAUGUUUCAAGACAUCGGGGUCAGUAAAGACCUCAACGAGAACUUCAAGCGCCAUCUGCAGGUGUCUGGAGAACCACUUGACAUUGACUUCAGUAUUCAGGUACUGAGCUCUGGGUCCUGGCCAUUCACACAAUCCUGUACCUUUUCUUUGCCAAUAGAGCUGGAGCGUAGCUACCAGAGGUUCACCACAUUCUACAGCAGUCAGCACAGUGGACGCAAGCUGAGCUGGAUCUACAACAUGUCCAAGGGAGAACUGGUCACUAACUGCUUCAAGAGCAGGUACACCCUGCAGGCCUCUACAUUUCAAAUGGCAGUUCUCCUUCAGUACAACACUUCUGACAGUUUUACAGUGCAACAACUACAUGAGAGCACACAAAUAAAAAUGGAUAUCCUGACCCAGGUCCUGGCCAUAUUGCUCAAGUCCAAGCUGUUGGUGACAGACCAGGACAGUGAGGAGACCGAGCUCCAACCCACCACUACCAUCAGCCUAUUUCAUGGAUAUAAAAAUAAAAAACUGCGUGUCCAGAUCAAUAUUCCUAUGAAGACAGAAGUCAAGCAGGAACAGGAGACAACACACAAACACAUCGAGGAGGACAGAAAACUACUUAUUCAGGCUGCCAUUGUGCGUAUUAUGAAGAUGCGUAAAGUGUUAAAACAUCAGCAGUUGCUAGCAGAAGUGUUAAGCCAACUGUCCUCUCGUUUUAAACCCAGAGUGCCAGUGAUUAAGAAAUGUAUAGACAUCCUCAUUGAGAAGGAAUACUUGGAAAGGGUGGAGGGACAAAAAGACACCUACAGUUACUUGGCCUAGAUCUCCACGACAUCUGUGCAAUACUGGCCCAAGAUGUCUCAGGAACAGAAAAUUUAAGACAUUCACAAUCGAAGCUUAAUAUGAGGAAUUCCUGAGCAACUGCCCUUUUUAUAUAUUUAUUUUAACAAUGGUACUGAUUUCAAUCGUUCAACAGUGCAUGCUAUAAUGGAAGCAAAAUGGAAGAAGAUGGGAAUAAAUGCAGGCACUGUAUUUUGAAUUAUUUUUUAUUUAUAUAUUUGAUCAUCGCCAGACACUGAAGGUUUCUUUUACUAUGAUGAAAAACAUGUUCUCAAGACCAUACUGUAUCGGCUCAAAGAGGUGUCAACAACAGGUUCAUUUCCUCAUAAGAUGCUGCUUGUCGUUUUGUUAAAUGGAGCUCUCAAUUGGAUUAACAUAUGAGGGAGAUGAUACUUCAACUGUAGGACACACUUGUUUUGCCAAGCUAUAAAGACCACUGUGCCCAACAAAAUGAAAGUCCGGUGAAAUGCACAUUUUUUUCUGCUGGAAAUAUGGGUUUGUGUGUGUGUGUAUAUAUAUAUAUAUGGGAACAGUUGAUCUCACUCCGUUACAAACUAUUGGAUUUGAAACAGUGCAAUGGUUUGGUCAUUCAGAAAGACAUUUCUCUUGGUACCGACUUUUUUUUUUUUUUGCGUGGGACAUUUGUUUUAAAACAGUUUCAUUGCUCUUUUAUUUUAUACUAAAUAUGGAGUGUCUGUUGCUUACUUAACACACAUUGUUUAGGAGGUUAUUUUCAGAUUUAUUUUUAACAAAUUUCACGAGAACUUGGGGCAAUCCUUAUGUUAAACUUGAGGUGGGCCCAGUACAGUUGACACUGAAAGGAAAAAGAGAAAGACACCUUUGGCAUCUUAUCUUCAAUGUUUACACCGAUUCACGAACAGUUGCGUCUUGUUGUAUUUUAUGUAAUUAAUAUAUAAUAUUAUUAUAAUAUUAUCAUUUUGUCAUCUAUCUCAUGACACGUGCUGUGGUCGUUUUACGAACACGGGACUAUUAUUGCUACCGUGGAGGGGAAUUUGGAAGCCGGAAUUUCAUAGUGUAUAAUAAACA